UCUGCUCUCAUCGUUUAUGCCUGAUCGUUGUUUAAGGAAGAAGAUGAAGGGGGGAUGUUAUGAGAAACGUGUGGAACGAAGUGAAGAAGUGUUAUGCCGCUAUUUGUAAAGCCUUCAAUAUGGAUACGGAGAAGAAAAGAUUUAAUAUCAACUUGGACGACUCUGCGUUUACAAAAGAAAGAACGCCCAUAAAGCCACAGUUUCCACCGUCAUGCAAAGGAGCAAAAAGUUCACCAUCCACAUCUGCAUCUUCAACGAGUCAACCAUUGUCUUAUGCUGAAUUUGUCAUCCAGCGUAACAAACCUGCCCUUGAUCCAAAAAUGCCCCCCGCCCCUCAGGGAGAGUGUAUCUCCAAGCAGGCGACGGAUGCGAGCACCGGAGUCAGCAGCACUGACAAACAACUGCCAAAUGCAGCCAUGAUCCAGGCUGAAGGAGAAUAUGAUGAAGGGUGCGUAAGCAAAGGGGAGAAGGAGGAGACUCGCACAGCUGCAGAUACACAAAAACAGAUCGAAGGUCAAAUGUCAGCGGCAGGCCCUAACCUGGGCCCUAAACCGGUAGGGUCGGGGAGCAGCAUCAUCGUCAGCCCCCGACAGAGGGGAAAUCCCAUUCUAAAGUUUGUGAGGAGUGUACCGUGGGAGUUUGGAGAAGUUGCACCAGACUAUGUCUUGGGACAGACGACAUGUGCUCUCUUCCUGAGUCUGCGAUACCACAACCUUAAUCCUAACUACAUUCAUGAGCGGCUCAAGCAGCUUGGACAGACCUUCACCCUCCGAGUGUUACUAGUUCAAGUGGACGUGAAAGAUCCUCAUCAUGCACUGAAAGAACUGGCUCGCAUGUGCAUCAUGGCUGACUGCACUCUCAUCUUAGCUUGGAGUCCAGAGGAGGCAGGACGCUACCUGGAAACCUAUAAGUCCUAUGAGAAGAAACCAGCUGACAUCCUGAAAGAGCAUGUUGAGAGAGACUACCUGUCAAAGGUGACUGACUGUCUGACCACCGUGAAGUCAGUUAACAAGACGGAUGCCAUGACCCUCCUGUCCACCUUCUCUUCUGUAGAGGGAAUCAUCAAUGCCUCCAAAGAUGACCUGGUUCUCUGUCCUGGCCUUGGACCACAAAAAGCAAGACGACUCUAUGAUGUUCUUCACCAGCCCUUCCUCAAAUUCAAGAACAAAGACAGCUGAAAUAUUUUCAGUAAAGGACCUGUGAUGGGCACCGUUAAAUACUUUCAAUUUAUACAACAUCUUGCAAGCGCUUCUUCAAACCAAGUGUAAACUAUAUAUAUAUUCUAGUUGAAUGUGAAGAAACAAACAAAAUGUACUGAGAAGAGACUUUCUUUUUUGGGGGGAGGGGGGGGAAGCAAAAAACAGAAUGGCAUUAGAAACAACCAGAUUCUUAUUCUUUGAUUUCACUCUCAAUGGACUUAAUGUAAGAGGACUGGUGCUAUAAAACCACCACGUUUCCUUUAUUUUAAUGACAGUUGACAGUUUUGAUUUGUUCCAAACUUCUUAAACAUGCUAUUAAGCUUUAAACAGUAUAAGCUGUUAAGUACACUGACUUUGCCAUGAGUAAAAAUGAAUGUUUUGUAUUAAAAGAAAACAAUGU